GUGGCAGAGCGCGUGUUAUGUAUGUCACGUGAUUACACUCAAUAAAGUCCUCUGAUUAUAUAAUUAGUUUUAGACUUCUACAACAAGCAGUCUCAGAACAGCAAAGAUGAAGGUUUUCAUAGUGGUACUGGCCUUGACGCUGAGUGUCGCCCUCGGACAGGAUGUCUUGACCGGCCUCAAGGAUGACCUCCAAACCAUCGGAGGAGCUAUCAAACAGACAGGAAAGGACUUCGUACCAUAUGCCCAGACCGUUGGCAAAGACCUUCUCGGAACCCUAAAGAACGACACUCUCAAAAUGGUCGGGAACACAAUCUCCGAUCUUCUUGGACAGGCUAUUUCAAAACUGUUCCAUACUGGCAAGAGAGAUACGGUCCACAGCACAGAAAGGGAUGCCUUGUCCGGUCUCAAGGACGACCUGCAAACCACCGGAGGAGCUAAGAAAGAGACAGGAAAAGACUUUGUACCAUUUGCUGCCGGCGUAGGCAAAGACCUUCUCGAAACCCUUAAGAACGACACUCUCAAAAUGAUAACCGAGGGCACUAUCUCGGAUCUUCUUGGACAGGCCCUUUCUAAACUGUUCCAUAAUGGCAAGAGAGAUACGGUCACAGAAAGGGAUGUCCUGAACGGCAUCAAGGACGAUUUGGAAACUAUUGGUGGUGCCAUCAAACAGACAGGGAAGGACUUCGUACCAUUUGCUACAGGCAUUGGCAAAGAUCUGCUGGGAACUCUUGAGAACGACACACUCAAGAUGGUCGGAGGAACAAUCACUGAUCUUCUUGGGCAGGCUCUUGCAAACCUGUUUCAUGGCAAGAGAGAUCUCUCAGAAAGGGACAUCCUGACGGACAUCAAGAACGAUCUGCAAACCAUCGGUGGUGCUGUCCAACAGACAGGAAAGGACUUCGUACCAUUUGCUGCUGGCAUCGGCAAAGAUCUUCUGGGAACUAUUCAGAAUGACACUCUCAAGAUGGUUGGAGGAACACUUACUGAUCUUCUUGGUCAGGCUCUAGCAAACCUGUUUCAUGGCAAGAGAGAUCUCUCAGAAAGGAAUCUUCUGACCGACAUCAAGGAUGACUUGCAAACCAUCGGUGGUGCUUUCAAAGAAACAGGAAAGGACUUCGUACCAUUUGCUGCAGGCAUUGGCAAAGAUCUCCUGGGAACCCUCAUGAACGACACUGUUAAGAUGGUUGGAGGCACAGUCAGCGAUCUUCUUGGGCAAGCUCUUUCAAAAUUAUUCCAUGGCAAGAGAGACCUCUCAGAAAGGAAUCUUCUGACCGACAUCAAGAAUGACCUGCAGACCAUCGGCGGGGCUUUCAAAGAAACAGGAAAGGACUUCGUGCCAUUUGCUGCAGGCAUUGGCAAAGAUCUCCUGGGAACCCUCAUGAACGACACUGUUAAGAUGGUUGGAGGCACAGUCAGCGAUCUUCUUGGGCAAGCUCUUUCAAAAUUAUUCCAUGGCAAGAGAGACCUCUCAGAAAGGAAUCUUCUGACCGACAUCAAGAAUGACCUGCAGACCAUCCUCGGGGCUUUCAAAGAAACAGGAAAGGACUUCGUGCCAUUUGCUGCAGGCAUUGGCAAAGAUCUCCUGGGAACCCUCAUGAACGACACUGCCAAGAUGGUUGGAGGCACAGUCAGCGAUCUUCUUGGGCAAGCUCUAUCGAAAUUAUUCAAUGGCAAGAGAGAUCUAUCAGAAAGGGAUAUCUUGACUGACAUCAAGAACGACCUGCAAACCAUCGGUGGUGCUGUCCAACAGACAGGAAAGGACUUCGUACCAUUUGCUGCAGGCAUUGGCAAUGAUCUUCUGGGAACUCUUAAGAACGACACUCUCAAGAUGGUUGGAGGAACACUGAGUGAUCUUCUUGGUCAGGCUCUUGCAAACCUUUUUCAUGGCAAGAGAGAUCUCUCAGAAAGGAAUCUUCUGACCGACAUCAAGGAUGACUUGCAAACCAUCGGUGGUGCUUUCAAAGAAACAGGAAAGGACUUCGUACCAUUUGCUGCAGGCAUUGGCAAAGAUCUCCUGGGAACCCUCAUGAACGACACUGCCAAGAUGGUUGGAGGCACAGUCAGCGAUCUUCUUGGGCAAGCUCUAUCGAAAUUAUUCCAUGGCAAGAGAGAUCUCUCAGAAAGGAAUCUUCUGAUCGACAUCAAGAAUGACAUUGAAGCCGUCGGUGGUGCUGUCAUACAAACAGGAAAGGACUUCAUACCAUUUGCUGCAGGCAUUGGCAAAGAUUUCCUGGGAACCCUCGUGACCGACACCGCCAAGAUGGUUGGAGGCACAGUCAGCGAUGUUUUUGGGCAAUUAUUCCAUGGCAAGAGAGAUCUCUCAGAAAGGGAUAUCCUGACGGACAUCAAGAACGAUCUGCAAACCAUCGGUGGUGCUGUCCAACAGACAGGAAAGGACUUCGUACCAUAUGCUGCAGGCAUUGGCAAAGAUCUUCUGGGAACUCUUAAGAACGACACUCUCAAGAUGGUGGGAGGAACACUGAGUGAUCUUCUUGGUCAGGCACUUGCAAACCUAUUCCACGGCAAGAGAGAUAUCUCAGAAAGGGACGUCUUGACCGGCCUGAAGGAUGACCUUAACACCAUCGGAGGAGCUAUCAAACAGACAGGAACGGACUUCGUGCCAUAUGCCGCCACUGUGGGCAAAGGUCUUCUCGAAACCCUCAAGAACGACACUCUCAAGAUGGUUGGCAGCACAAUCACUGAUCUCCUUGGGCAGGCCCUUUCAAAACUGUUCCACUUUAAGAGAGAUACGCCCAAUCUGGUCCAGCAAAGCCAAGCUUUUAUGUCAGAGCUGAAGAACCUACUUGACCUUGGCACCUCACAGUUCUCUGAUGUCAUCGACGAGGUAUUCUCAGAGAUUCAGACCAUCUAUACCCAGGUCAAGAGCCUUGAGAUGCACCCUGAGGAUGCUGAAAAGAAGAUUGAUGCUGUUGCUGCUAAGUACAGGUCUCUGGUUACCGAAUUCCUGCAAGCCCUAGAGAGAGAUGUAACUAAAGUCGUUACCACAACCUUUGGGCAGAAGAAGAGUAACAUGGUCAGCGGUCUGGGAAGCUCUAUCUCUGGGUUGUUCAAACCAGGCCUUGACGCUAUCGGAAAGAUGGUCCUUCAACGAGCUGUAUAUUAUCCUCUAAGCCACGGACCAAAUCCGGAAGAUUAGGUUUCAGGCAUCAUAGAUAACUAUGUCAACAGCAUCCUUAACCUGGAACUUCGUAACAUCACACAUUCCUUAAUUGGGUAGUCAUUAUAAACAGUCGUCGUUGAUGUAGAUUGUUCGAGAAUAAACAUACUGUACCUAUC